CUCAUUGCACCAUGUGGGUCGUUUUAUUUCUGACGAUAUUCGGACGUUUGUCUGACGCGGUCGUAAUACCGAUACCUCAGAUUGGUCCGUCACUUCAAAGAGUAUUGCCUUUACAUCAGACCUCUGUAUUAAACACUCCAAUUGGACUGGGCCAUCGGGGACCGAUCCUUGGUGGUCGAAUAGGUGGAGUUGGUCCAAUAGGAGGAAUAAGUCCACUGGGAGCAAGUGGUCUACUAGGAGGAAGUGGUCUACUAGGAGGAAGUGGUCUACUAGGAGGCAGUAGUAUUUCAGGUAUAUUCGAUCGUAUUCUUGGAAACCGCCAAGCGGCCCUCAGUGAUCACCUCUUGGAGGAGCGAAUUGACGGAAUACACGCGGAUAGAGAAGGACUAGAACAUGGUCACGUUGGUGAUAACUGCCAGCACAGGAAUUAUGGAUGUGACGUUCCCGGCUAUCACUGUGUACAGACUUCUGAGCGCAGUUACAUCCCGUGUAGUGACGGACUGGCAGCCCAUUGUCACUGCAAGCGAGGUUGUUUACAUAAGGGAUUUUUUAUGCAGCACGGAUACAGGAGGAUAUUUCGAACCGACUGUCAGAAAUGCAGGUGUAUCUAUGGAGAGGUGACGUGCCGAUAUAUGCGCAGAAGGCGAUGUCGUAGAAACGGACGCAGACGCUAUGGUGGUCUUUAGACGUUCUAGAUGGCGGCCAUACACACGUUUAAAUUCUUCAGUUCUCCCUGAUAACUAAUAUAGGUAUCGAACGCACCCGUUCACCAGCGACGGACUGACUGUUGCUGAUUUUGUCUGUUCUAAAAUGUGUACAAAUAAUAAAACAAUGUUUUCUUCUGGUAAA